GUUACGUGUCAAAAAUUGAGGUUAUGUUUAGUUUUUAUGUGGUAAUGUAUGGAUAUUUUUAAUGAAAAUGAGUUUAUUUAGAAUAAAUAGGGCUUUAGUUCCGCGUUUUUUACCCAAAUCAAGUCCAUUAUCUACCUCGUUAUCUCCGGAAAAUGAAGAAUACAAUACAACGCCACAAUAUCCCCCAAUUUUGGACUUAUCUCGCGAGAAAAUGCUUGAAAGAAAAAAAGAAGCUAUUUACGAUGAAAUUAAGUCAGUUAAGACCGUAGAAGAAAAACAAAUCAAGUUAAAUAUGCCAAGGUAUUAUGGGUUCAGAAGUUACAUGGUGUCCGAGGAUGAAAUAUAUUACAAUGACUUAUCAUUUAUCCAGCACAUAACUAGGACACAUAUAAUAAAAAAUAAAGGUCUUCCAGACUAUUAUAACACCAUUGAAACAGAUAACAUUGCAGAAAUUAGAAAUGGGAUUGAAGAAGCAUUGUUGAUGGAACUUGAUGCAUUUCAGAAAUUCCAUGAUCUCAAAAAUGCAGAAUUAUCAGAUGGGGAUAAAGAAAAUAUAAUAACCAAUAACGUAGUCCAACAAAUCAAUAAAGUUUUAACCAAUAAUUUAGUUCAAAAGUAUCCUCACUUAUUUUCUAACGAAGUUGAUACUAAUCCAAGAUUAGAGACUGCCUGGUAUGUCGGUGGUAUAAACCCUCCAGAGAUUGUAAAGAAAAGUCGUAGAGGUUCAGAGCUUGCAAAAAAGUAUGAGAACGACCCAGUGGAUAGACUUUUGUAUUAUACUGGGUCACCAAGUUUAACAGUAAGAUCAGAAUUGCCACUUCCUCUACUUUUAACACCUUCCGAAGCUGAGAAUUCUUCGUUUGACGUUCCCAGUUUUAGUUAUGAUCCCCGAGUUUUCGGUGUGGGUAUUGAGCACAGAUAUAUGGCUAAUAUACCAGGAUUUUGGCCAGGAGAUUCAAAUUCUUUCGGUAUAAUUUCCUACCUGAAAAAAGGUCACUUAUUAAAGAGAUCUCAGCGUAUUAAAGACGAAGAAGACAACAAAAACGCCUUGGAUAGACAAGCUGUAUUAUCGUCAUACGCUUGGCUUCAUGCUCAAGCAAAUUUUCUGGGAUUUACAACAUUCAACGAUAUAACAUAUCCCCUGGUAACCCAAACCGUAAUGACGAACGGCAAAGAAUUCAAUUUCUUCAUUUACCAACUAAACACCAUCCUCCUACACUCGAAGCACAUCAAGGAAAACCCCAAACGAAACAUCUGUUGGUCGAGCGAAAGUUUCAAGCUUUACGAAGAAGUGAAAGAUGGCAAAAUUGUCGGGUUAAACGACGAAACUUUGAGUAUUUUAGUUAAAUUGUACUCUAACACGCCCAGCGAGAGAUUAGGCGUGAAUUUGAGGCCUUAUUUAGGACAGAAAGAAAAAAUAAUUGCGGAUUAUCAGGACGACGAGAAAAGAGAAUGGCUUGAGCGAGAAUACAAAUUCCUGGUUUCGAACAGGCCCCGGUUUCAGGAGAUGCCUCAGAUCUACAGUUACGAGAAAAUCUACAAAAUCGAUCACGAGACGCGUCAAAUGGACAAGAGGAGGAGGUUCUUCGAGUUGGGAAUCAAGCCUCAAGACAGGAAACUGAACGAUCGGUUGGGCAGGUACAUUCCUCGAGCUCACAGGCCUGACUUGCCCCGACACAAGGGCAAACUGGCCAAAGAAUAUUGGCCUUAGGUUGUUAGUCUUUGUUUUUUAUAUCGAAAUAAAAAUUAUUUAUGUUUAAA